GAUCCGCCGCGCGCAAUGAGUUAACAGCUUAUGACAACACUGCAUUUUAUUGUUACAGUCACUCUGAUGUUCAUGGAACGAUGAGCUGAUUAUUGCUGGUAGAGCAGGACAAGUGAUGAGAGCUGCGUCUCUUCUCAACAGUGGAGCUGAUAUCCAGAUUAAGGACCAUGUCUUUUGGACUGCAUUGGACUGGGCUAAUCAGUAUGGUCAUCUCCAAGUGGUUCGUCUUAUGAUAUCAAGAGGAGCUCAGCUGAACCACCAGGAUGAGUUUGGACACUCGGCAUUGAUGACGGCGGCUAAUAAUGGUCACACUAAUGUUGUGGUGGAGCUGGUGAAAGCAGGAGCUAAGUUGGACAUACAGAAUAAGAAUGGAGACACAGCAGUCAUAAUAGCUGUAGAGAGAUAUUAUCCAGUCAUUCUGAGGGAGCUAGUGAGGGCAGGGAGUGACCUCAACCUCCAGAACAAUGAGGGACUCACUCCACUAAUGAUAGCUGCCAGGAGUUGGAGAACUUACAUUACUGACAUUACUAACAUUCUACUAGAGGGAGAACACAUCAACCUGGACAUUCAGGAAAAGAAUGGAGACACAGCAGUCAUAAUGGCUGUAGAGAGAUAUAUACCAGCUACUCUGAGGGAGCUAGUGAGGGCAGGGAGUGACCUCAACCUACAGAACAAUGAGGGACUCACUCCACUAAUGAUAGCUGCCAGGAGUUGGAGAAUUGACAUUACUGACAUUACUAACAUUUUACUAGAGGGAGAACACUUCAACCUGGACUACCAGGAGAAGGGAGCAGGAUGGUCAGCCCUCCACUUCUUUGCUGAGAGAGGAGACUUGGCUACCACAGAAGCACUGCUCAAGGCAGGAGCUAAUCCUCAC